AUGACAGCCCUCGCUGACAAACGCUACAAGCUCAACACGGGCGCCGAAAUCCCCGCCCUAGGCUUUGGCACAUGGCAGUCCACCCCCGAAGAAACACAAAACGCAGUCUACCACGCCAUCAAGGUCGGAUACCGCCACAUCGACACUGCGCUCGCCUACCAGAACGAAGUCGACGUAGGCAAAGGCAUCAAAGCUGCCAUUGACGACGGCCUGGUGAAGCGCGAGGACCUCUUCGUCACUACCAAGCUGUGGAAUGUCUAUGCAAACCGUGUCGAGGAAGGCUUGGAUACGAGUCUGAAGAGCUUGGGGCUCGAUUAUGUGGAUUUGUAUUUGGUGCACUGGCCUGUGAGGAUGAAUGAUAAGGGAAACCACCCCCUCUUCCCCAAACUGGCCGACGGCGUCACUCGCGACAUGAUCCACAGCCACAACCACGUCGACACAUGGAAAGCAAUGGAGAAGCUACCAGCAACAGGCAAAGCCAAGGCCGUCGGCGUCUCGAACUACAGCGUCCCCUAUCUCGAGAAACUGCUCGCUGAAGCAACCAUUGUGCCCGCCACAAACCAAAUUGAGAACCACCCCUAUCUGGCGCAGCAGGAGGUCGUUGACUUUUGCAAGUCCAAGGGCAUUCUUAUUGAGGCUUACAGUCCCCUUGGUUCGACGGGUAGUCCGCUGUUCACGGCUGAGCCGGUGGUAGAGAUUGCGAAGAAGAGGGGUGUCGCCCCGGCGACGGUUUUGUUGAGUUGGCACUUGGCCCGUGGCUCCGUCGUCCUCGCCAAGUCCAUCAACCCAGACCGCAUCACGGCGAACAGGAACCUGAUCGAGCUGGAUGCAGAAGACGUGGAGAAGCUACAGAAGUAUGCCGACGAUCUCAAGGCGGCUGGCAAGACGACACGUUAUGUUUCGCCGCCGUUUAAUGUUGAUCUGGGCUUUCCGGAUAAGUGGUAG